GUAUAGACCACUGAAAAGAGGUAAACAAAGCGAGUUACGUGUCGACGAACAGGUCAUCUGUUAUUGCUUGAAAGAAUUGAGAGCAGAGCACGACAACACCAAAGAAGUAAUAUUGUAAUGAUCACGACUUAAAAGAGUAAUCACUAAGAUGUACCAAACAGUUAUGAUUUGUUUAUUGUUCAUUUACGCAUCUUUGUUAUCACCGGCAUACGGCCUAGUUGAUGGACUUUAUUCUAGCGAAGAGGAUGUUGUGGUACUAAACAACGACACAUUUCCCAGUACAAUCCUGACUACUAAACCUGACAACAAAGUGUGGGCUGUGCAGUUUUAUAACAGCUGGUGCGGUCACUGUAAACAUUUUGCACCAACUUGGAAAGCAAUGGCAACUGAAUUCAAAGAUUUGAAUGACAUCAUUGGAUUUGCAGCUAUAGAUUGUUCACAGAAAAGUAAUUUACAAAUAUGUAGGCAAUUUGACAUUUCAAUGUACCCAACUUUAAAGAUCUUCCCUCCUAUCUACAAUUCAACUCGAUCCAACAGUUGCGUAGAGCUGCAUUCUCAAUCUCCAUCUCUUAUCAUGAAAAAAAUAUUCCAGGUUUUAGCCGACUUUCCAACACAGUCUUGGCCAAAUAUUAAACCACUUCAAAAAAUUGAAGAUAUUUGGCUGGAAAAAAAAGAUGCUCAUAAACAUAUUUUACUUAUAUUUGAAAAUGAAGAUUCUAAUUUAGGCCCUGAGGUGAUGUUAGAUGUGCGAAAGUUCCAGAAUGUUUUACUGAGACGGAUGCUACAAAAUGAUGUGUCCAAGUUUGGCAUCAGUAAAUUCCCCAGCUUGUAUCAAGUGAACAAGGACUCCACUUACACAUUUCUGGCUGUGGGUGACUCUAAUUCAGAAGAUACCACCGACAGCAGGAGGUUUUUUGUAAAAGUUAUACACAGCCUUACUGGUGAUCUUAUGAAUGUGCCCACCGUUGAUGUAAAAAAAGAUUCACACAUUCUAAAUGGAGGUAUUACUAAUGAGCAAAAAGUUCAGCACAAAUUAAACAGUACUAAGGUUACAAUGCAAGAUUUGGAAUCAGCUCUACAUUAUAGUUUAAGACAGGAAGUAGCCAUAAUGAAAACUAUAGAAGGGGAAAGGUUGACUGCACUUAGAGAAUACAUUCACAUCUUAGUAAAGUAUUUCCCUGGCCGUAAGCCAGUGCUUGGUUUCCUGCGUCAUGUCUACAACCUGUUGAGUAACUUGGACAAGACAAGUCUGACUGGGGAAGAGUGGCUGGAGAAAAUAGACCAGGCUCAGGAUGCUGACAACUACCUGCCUAGUGUGAUCUUGUGGGAGUCUUGUCAGGGUAGUUCUCCUCACUACAGAGGCUACCCUUGUGGCAUGUGGACUUUGUUCCAUGUUUUAACUGUUGAGUCAUAUCUGCAACACCAGAGAGCUAGACCCAACGAUCCAGGAAACCCACAGGAAGUUUUGUUGGCCAUCAAAGGCUAUAUGAAGUACUUCUUUGGCUGCCAUGAGUGUUCCAACAAUUUCCUGGCUAUGGCAGAGACUAUACCUAAUGAAGUGACCAGCUGGAAGGAGGAAGUUCUUUGGCUGUGGAGUGCUCAUAAUAAAGCCAACAAAAGGCUGCAUAAAGAUGUCUCAGAGGACCCAGAGCAUCCCAAGAUACAGUUUCCUCCUGAAUCUCUGUGUCCUGUGUGCCAGAAGCUGAGUCAGUCUGACCAGGGAGUCACCUUGUCCUGGGAUUCUGAGAAAGUUUUAGAAUUCUUGCUAAACUUCUAUUCUGAGCAAAGCAUCAUUUUUUCUAUUCACCUUAUGAGUGGAGACGAGGAUUCUAUAUCAACAGUCCCAUCCAACCAGGGUGAACUAGACUGGUGGGAGAAGAAACAAAAGAAAGAGGAUUUAAAGCAGAUUUGGCAGAUAAAGGAGCAGCGUAAACUUCGGAAGAAAGAGUCUAAAAGGAGUGUUGAAGACACCUACAAUAGCAGAGUUAGGUACACUGGAUCUCCAGGCUUCCUCAGCUCCUGGGGCCUGACGCAGCUUGACCUCAGUGUGUGCAUCAUAUUUUACCUGUUCAGUACUAUGAUCAUUCUCUUCCUGUACCACCAUUUUAUUGCUAGAAGGAGGCUGAUUUCCUGUAAACCAACAAAGAAUAGCCCCUAAUUGUUUGUAUUCAUCACAAGAUUCUUAACUAUGUUUUAUUAUCUUUAAGUGCAAUAAUACUCAUUGGCUCAGCUGCCAUCUGUUAAUUUUCAUCCAGUUGCCUUAUUGAUUUCACCUUGGUCAUAAAUCAUAGAUUUAGAAUGUCUCUAGGUGUCAGAUGAGCUUAUAGAAAAUUAAAUUUAAAAUGAUGUGCAAGAUAAAUGUAAAUUCUUUUAAUGUUGAAAUUAUUUCUCCAAAGUAAAAUUUUAUUUGAACCUGUACUGUAUCAAAACAAUUUUAACAGAUUUUUAACAACAUAAAGAAAGGGAAAAUGUUAUACAUAAAUUUGAAAUUUCCAUUAUUUAACAGUAAUACAAAGGGUUCCAAACUUUGAAUAUUAUUUUGUUUAAAGAAUAUAUUUCAACAUCUACCCAGGAUGAACAUAUAUGUUUUCAUAAAUGACAAUCUAUAUUUAAAAAGUCAUCUAUAAUUUGCUAAUGUUAGGUAAAAUUUUAAUCUCUCUGUCAAUGAAACCUUGUUAACUGCAUCUGUCUUGGUCUGGCCUCUUCACUUCAUUCAAUGUAUUUAUACAUUUGUGCUCACCAUGAAGGUCUAGCUUUAUUCAUUCACAUUUGUCUUUCACAAGGAAAGAAGAAACUAGGUAGAUUGAAUAAAUAUAACUCAGUAGUCAAUUUACUAUUUUAUUGUUGGCUCACAGGCAUCAAUAACUUUUGCACAUUUUACAAACUUUUUUGGAUACAAAAGCCAGAAUGUAUUGUUCCCUUAGUUUCAUUUCUCAUUAUCAGAUCAAAAUUUUGCUUUUUAAUUUAUUCUGAUUAAUGAAUCCUACUGUCAAAAUUGAAACUUACAUUCUCUUUGCGAGUACAUCAGUACAUGUCUUUUCAAAACCCUCUUUGUGAGUACAUCAGGUCCUAUGAGCCCAUGUCUUUUCAAAACCCUCUUUGAGAGUACAUCAGGUCCUAUGAGCCCAUGUCUUUUCAAAACCCUCUUUGAGAGUACAUCAGGUCCUAUGAGCCCAUGUCUUUUCAAAACCCUCUUUGUGAGUACAUCAGGUCCUAUGAGCCCAUGUCUUUUCAAAACUCUCUUUGUGAGUACAUCAGGUCCUAUGAGCCCAUGUCUUUUCAAAACUCUCUUUGUGAGUACAUCAGGUCCUAUGAGCCCAUGUCUUUUCAAAACCCUCUUUGUGAGUACAUCAGGUCCUAUGAGCCCAUGUCUUUUCAAAACUCUCUUUGUGAGUACAUCAGGUCCUAUGAGCCCAUGUCUUUUCAAAACUCUCUUUGUGAGUACAUCAGGUCCUAUGAGCCCAUGUCUUUUCAAAACUCUCUUUGAGAGUACAUCAGGUCCUAUGAGCCCAUGUCUUUUCAAAACUCUCUUUGUGAGUACAUCAGGUCCUAUGAGCCCAUGUCUUUUCAAAACCCUCUUUGUGAGUACAUCAGGUCCUAUGAGCCCAUGUCUUUUCAAAACUCUCUUUGUGAGUACAUCAGGUCCUAUGAGCCCAUGUCUUUUCAAAACCCUCUUUGUGAGUACAUCAGGUCCUAUGAGCCCAUGUCUUUUCAAAACCCUCUUUGAGAGUACAUCAGGUCCUAUGAGCCCAUGUCUUUUCAAAACCCUCUUUGUGAGUACAUCAGGUCCUAUGAGCCCAUGUCUUUUCAAAACCCUCUUUGAGAGUACAUCAGGUCCUAUGAGCCCAUGUCUUUUCAAAACCCUCUUUGUGAGUACAUCAGGUCCUAUGAGCCCAUGUCUUUUCAAAACUCUCUUUGUGAGUACAUCAGGUCCUAUGAGCCCAUGUCUUUUCAAAACUCUCUUUGUGAGUACAUCAGGUCCUAUGAGCCCAUGUCUUUUCAAAACCCUCUUUGUGAGUACAUCAGGUCCUAUGAGCCCAUGUCUUUUCAAAACUCUCUUUGUGAGUACAUCAGGUCCUAUGAGCCCAUGUCUUUUCAAAACUCUCUUUGUGAGUACAUCAGGUCCUAUGAGCCCAUGUCUUUUCAAAACUCUCUUUGAGAGUACAUCAGGUCCUAUGAGCCCAUGUCUUUUCAAAACUCUCUUUGUGAGUACAUCAGGUCCUAUGAGCCCAUGUCUUUUCAAAACCCUCUUUGUGAGUACAUCAGGUCCUAUGAGCCCAUGUCUUUUCAAAACUCUCUUUGUGAGUACAUCAGGUCCUAUGAGCCCAUGUCUUUUCAAAACCCUCUUUGUGAGUACAUCAGGUCCUAUGAGCCCAUGUCUUUUCAAAACCCUCUUUGAGAGUACAUCAGGUCCUAUGAGCCCAUGUCUUUUCAAAACCCUCUUUGUGAGUACAUCAGGUCCUAUGAGCCCAUGUCUUUUCAAAACCCUCUUUGAGAGUACAUCAGGUCCUAUGAGCCCAUGUCUUUUCAAAACUCUCUUUGUGAGUACAUCAGGUCCUAUGAGCCCAUGUCUUUUCAAAACUCUCUUUGUGAGUACAUCAGGUCCUAUGAGCCCAUGUCUUUUCAAAACCCUCUUUGUGAGUACAUCAGGUCCUAUGAGCCCAUGUCUUUUCAAAACUCUCUUUGUGAGUACAUCAGGUCCUAUGAGCCCAUGUCUUUUCAAAACUCUCUUUGUGAGUACAUCAGGUCCUAUGAGCCCAUGUCUUUUCAAAACCCUCUUUGUGAGUACAUCAGGUCCUAUGAGCCCAUGUCUUUUCAAAACUCAGUAGACUCCACAUUUGGAUGAUCAAAUCAACUCUUUAUGACUAGUUGAGUUUAUCAGGAGUUAUAAUUUAAGGAAUUUUUCUGGGACACAAGAUGCACGAGUAUAUUAGGAGUUAUAACUUAAGGGAUAUUUCUGAGACACAAGAUGCACUUGAAUAUAUCAGGAGUUAUAACUUAAGGGAUAUUUCUGAGACACAAGAUGCACUUGAAUAUAUCAGGAGUUAUAACUUAAGGGAUAUUUCUGAGACACAAGAUGCACUUGAAUAUAUCAGGAGUUAUAACUUAAGGGAUAUUUCUGAGACACAAGAUGCACUUGAAUAUAUCAGGAGUUAUAACUUAAUUGAUAUUUCUGGGACACAAGAUGCACGUGUAAAUUACUUUUUCUUUUAGACUCACUAAUCUUUUAUCUAGAUGUAGUUCAUUUAUUUCUAUAGCUAAUGGUUUACAAAGGUAUUUUUUUAUGUUGGCUGUCUUGUACAUUGUUAUCAUAGAAACCACUAGGGGGAAGAAAAUACAGCCAAAAAAACAAUCUAGAUUGUACGAGUGUAUAUUAUUUAUUGAAACUGAUGAGUACAACAUUGUCCAAUGAGUAAGAACAGUAUUGGUGAAGGCAUUUAAAACUUGAGUUUUGUGUGUUGAAGUACCUAGCUCCAAAACUGACAUCUAUAGAAUUUUGUUGUGAGCUAUGAACUCUGAACUCUCCAUGUGAUGUAAUUCUAUCUCAUGUAAGCUUUCUAUUUACUCUUUUUUUUUUUUUUUUUUG